UAUGGCCCCGGCGUCUCACCUUUCGGGUUUGACGGGUGUCACCUCUCCGACCAGCCUAUCCGCUUCUUCCCCCACCUCCUCAUAGCCUCCUUACAGUUGCCACACCCUCGAGUCAGGCCCCGUCCCCGAGGGCGGAGGGGCGGGAGGAGAGUCGUGGCGGGAGAUGCCGGGGCCGGAGAGGAGAGACGAGAAAGGAGUCUCUUCUUCAGCUCCCUUGUUCCCCCCAGAGCCUAGGGUCUGGGCCCCGCGGCCUGCGGCCGCCGGCACCCUUCGCGUAGAGGAAAAGGACCAGGCGAGGCGGGAGCCAGAAGCUUCGAAGAACCCAAAGAAAAAAAUGUCAAGAAGAAGUAGCCGACUGCAAGCUAAGCAGCAGCCACAGACCAGUCAAACAGAUUCCCCCCCGGAAACUCAAUUCCUUCAAGCCAAAAAAAGGAAAACAGCUCAGGAUGUAAAGAAAAGAAAAGAGGAGACUGUGGCCAAGAGACAGCAAUAUGAAAUUAGGAAUUGCUGGCCAUCUGUGUUAUCUGGGGGUAUCACUCCUUGCAUUAUUAUUGAAACACCACACAAAGAAACUGUCACCAGUGACUUCUCCAGAUUUACUAAUUAUAGGUUUAAAAACCUUUUCAUAAAUCCUUCACCUCUGCCUGACCUAAGUUGGGGAUGUUCUAAGGAUGUCUGGUUUAAUAUGUUAAAAAAGGAGACCAAAUAUGUUCAUGACAAACAUUUUGAAAUGCUACACUCUGACUUAGAACCACAGAUGAGGUCAAUACUUCUGGACUGGCUUUUAGAGGUAUGUGAAGUAUAUACACUUCACAGGGAAACAUUUUAUCUUGCUCAAGACUUUUUUGAUAGAUUUAUGUUGACACAAAAGGAUAUAAACAAAAAUAUGCUUCAGCUCAUUGGUAUUACCUCAUUAUUCAUUGCUUCAAAACUUGAGGAAAUCUAUGCUCCUAAAUUACAAGAAUUUGCUUAUGUCACGGAUGGUGCUUGCAGUGAAGAUGAUAUCCUGGGGAUGGAACUCAUUAUAUUAAAGGCUUUAAAGUGGGAACUCUGUCCAGUAACAGUCAUUGCCUGGCUGAAUGUCUUUCUUCAAGUCGAUGCUCUAAAAGAUGUUCCUAAAGUACUCCUACCUCAGUAUUCCCAGGAAAAGUUUGUUCAAAUAGCCCAGCUCCUGGAUCUGUGUAUUCUCUCCAUUGAUUCAUUAGAAUUCCAGUAUAGGAUAUUGGCUGCAGCUGCUUUAUGCCAUUUUACCUCUAUUGAAGUUGUUAAGAAAGCUUCAGGUUUAGAGUGGGACAACAUUUCAGAAUGUGUAGAAUGGAUGGUACCUUUUGCCAGAGUAGUGAAGGGUGGUCCUCCGGUGAAAUUGAAGGUUUUUAAGAAGAUUUCUGUAGAAGACAGACACAAUAUCCAGACACACACAAAUUACUUGGCUAUGCUGGAGGAAGUCAAUUAUGUGUCAGCUUUCACAAAAGUAGGACAGUUAUCACCAGUGUGCAGUGGAGGCAUCAUGACACCACCGAAGAGCACAGAAAAAUCCCCAGGAAAACACUAAAAGACAAAGUUAACUGACAACAUGCUGAGUGGAUUUGUCCUUACUUGGCAGUAGAAUAUCAUAUUCUUUUUGGAGUACUGAAACAGCUAAAACACAAUUUUAUUAAUAGUGCUAACCAACUGAGAAUUACACUGCCAUGAACAAGUUAAAAGCCUAUCCAUUCAUUCACAAUUGGGAUAACCAUAGUUCAAAUUUUAGCUGUCAAGAAAACAGCAGAACUAGUUUACAAACAUUAGUAUUUCAUUUCCAGGGUGAGUACAGAUCCAGGAACUAUGUAGUCAGAUAUAAUUUUUACCAUAGCUACAUUUUUGGGACUUGUGCAACAAAGUUCAUUCUGAUAAAUUAGGAAUGUUACUGUUUGAGAUAUUUUGGACUAGAUGAGUGCUACUUUUAAAUUGUACUCUGGAAGUUCAAGAACUCAUUUGAUUGGUGCUAUUCAGUUAAUUCUUGAAAAAAACUUCUUGACUGUUUACAAAGGUUUAAUAAGAUAAAAUUUUCAUUACAGCUGCAAUAGCAUUCUGCUCCAAAAUACACAAACUUUUGUGAAUUUUAGGAAGAUUAAUAUAAUCUUUGGGUAAAACUAAAGAAGAUAAAACAAGAAAAAGGUUGGCUUUUCUAAACUUCAGAUUUAGCAAAUAGCUGUGCACAUCUUAAUCAGAGCUUUGUUUAAUAUACAGGUUGCUUUAUAUAAAACCUUUGUAUAUUAUCACAAUGAUUUUAAUAGGGAAAAUUUUUAUAUGAAAAAUAGCUUUAUGAAAUAUCAAAGAAAAUAUGCCCUUUAAGGUACGUUUUUUAAAAGUUGUAAAGACUAAAGUCAUUUAUGUUCAGAAAAUUUAGGGUUCCCCUCAAAAAAUACAUUAUGAAUAAAAAGACAAUGUGGAGAGAGAUGAUUUAAAGUAGAAACGGCUAAAGCAAAAAAAAAGGUGUAUGUACAGUGGCUUCUAGAAAACUUACUAGAAAAAUAAUGUAAGAACUCAAAAUGGGGCACUCAAGAACCUGGUAUAUAAAGAGAAAUUUCUGUAUAAAUAUCAGCAUCUAAGCAAUUGGACUUCAUCAGAAAAAAAA